ACUCUCUCACACUACUCCCAACUUCCCCGUUGCCGCACCUCCCCUCUCCGCCCACUGCACCGCCGUGAAAUCCCUAACCGACUCCAGCUCAUCUGCUCAACCCUUGCUGGAAUUGGAUUCUCUCUCAUCUACCUCACCACAGAGGGGAGAGGCUGUAAGUGAGGAUGAAUUUGCAACAAGCUGGGCAGCCUAAAUCUUCUAAUGGAUAUGGGCGUCGAAAAUCUGAAAGAGAAGGGGCAACAAAGUCAGAGAACAAAAUCCCAUCUGGAAAAUUAAAUUCCGCCAGAUUAGCAAGUACAGGUGCUGUGACUGGCUGUAAAGGUGGUGGCUAUGAGAGUCCUUCACAUGAUCGUCUAGUAUAUGUAACAACAUGUCUUAUUGGGCACCAGGUGGAAGUUCAGGUGAAAAAUGGGUCAAUGUACUCUGGAAUAUUUCAUGCAACAAACGCUGACAAUGAUUUUGGAAUUGUUUUGAAAAUGGCUCGCUUAAUUAAGGAUGGUUCUUUAAGAGGGCAGAAGUCUAGUGCAGAACCUGUCAGCAAGGCUCCUUCUAAGAUCUUAAUUAUACCUGCCAAAGAACUUGUACAAGUUAUAGCAAAGGGAGUUGCCGUUACUAGGGAUGGCCUACCUAGUGAAUUGCAUCAUGAUAUGCAUCAGGAAAUCAUGGUAGAUUCGUUAAUAUCUCAUUCUCGACAUGUUGAGUUAGGGAGAGAAUUGAAACCCUGGGUACCUGAUGAAGAUGUUCCACAAUGCCCAGAACUGGAAAAUACCUUUGAUGGUCCUUGGAAUAGGGGAUGGGAUCAGUUUGAAACAAAUGAGGCCUUGUUUGGUGUAAAAAGCACAUUCAAUGAGGAACUAUAUACCACAAAGCUUGAAAAAGGGCCCCGGACAAGAGAACUGGAAAAACAAGCCUUAAGAAUAGCAAGAGAAAUUGAGGGUGAGGAAACCCAAGAUCUGCAUCUUGCGGAGGAAAGAGGACUUCACUUUCAUGAAAACUUUGAUAUUGAUGAAGAAACUAGAUUCUCUUCAGUCGCUAGGGGUAAAGGUGUUGAUGAUAGCGGAUAUGAUGAAAAUGAGGACAUACUGUCUGAUUCACUCAAUUCUGAAACCUUUGGUGGUAUACUUGGCUCAGUAGGUAAGGGACCUGGUGAAAUAACUGGUGGAAAAGGGAAUGAUGGAGCACUAGCAAAUUCGUCCUCUUUGGAUCUUCCACAGUCAUCUCAAUCAAGCACUGGUGUGGAUUUAAGCCGCUCUGGUUCUUAUGAUCAUGCCAAGCAAUUGGCAUCGGAACUCCCUACUAAAAUCUACUCAUCUUCAGACGAGGAAAACAGGAUUCAGGAUCAUUUGGCCAGUGAUCUACAUAGAUCCAGUGGUAAUAACAAGGAAGAAAAUCAGAAACAAUCUGAGGAUGUUCAACUGUCAAAAUCUGAAGAUUUACAUGCAUCACUCCACUCGAAGAAAGAUGGCUCUGAUAAAGGGGUAUUAUCUUCUAAUGUCACCCCUUAUGCCGCUUCAUCUCAUGUUCCAUCAAAGACUCACGAAAAGACUGGCUCACCUGGGGAUUUGACUCAGCGUUCACUUGCUGGAAAAAUUAAUGGGGAAACAAAGUUUGUAAGUCCACGUGGGACAUCAUCUGCUUCAGAUUCUGUGGGAGGUGUGGCAGCAUCCUCUGGUCUUGGUUUGUCUCCAAGUUCAUCUGUUGGUUCAUUGUCUUCUGAAAAAUCAACUCUUAAUCCCAAUGCCAAGGAAUUCAAGCUCAAUCCUAAUGCAAAGAGUUUUGUUCCCUCUCAAACACCUGUUCGGCCUCCUACCCCCGUGUCCGACGGUUCCUUUUAUUUUCCACCCAAUGUAUCUACUGUACCAAAUAUGCCAGGCAUGCCCAUGAGUAUUGGAGUUGGACCUACUUUUACUGGGCCACAACACAUGAUAUAUAAUCCGCAGGUAGCGCAAAUGCCAUCUCAACCAUAUUUUCAUCCAAAUGGCCCACAGUAUGGUCAGCUUAUUGGUCAUCCUAGGCAGGUUUUAUACAUGCCGAGUUACCUACCUCCUGAAAUGCCAUACAAGGGACGGGAUUAUUGACGACUUGGCUGUUUGUGCAUUCUUGGCAAGUACAUUCCUUGCCUGAAAAGAAUAAACUUAGUGGAUGAUUCGAAAAGUUUUUAAUUGGCGAUAUCCACAGCUGAUAUAGGAACAUCGUAUACUGGCUUUUAUAGGCAAGCAGGAUCAUUCUGAGAUAUGUUUUUAUGUCCAUGUAUUAAUCCAUACAUCUUUCGGGAUUUCUCAGGUUUUGGUUGUGUAAUACUAAUAACUUAACUUAUAUUGAUCCCAUGUUCUUUUUA